AGCCCUUUUCACACGAUGAUAAUUAUGGUACUAUAUCCAGCAUACUAUCUAGUCUAGUAUAUUGCGUGUACUACCUAGUAUACUAGUACCUGUAUGUAUUCUAUUCACACCAUAAUGUGCUAUGCACUAUAAAAUGUACUAGCUGCAAAAUGAUAACGAAAUACUUAGUAUGGAUUCUCGUGAAAAAAUGUUAGUUAUUGCUGCUAGUAUUAUUGGGCAUAACAUAAUAUUAAUACACAAGUUAUUAAAAGCACCAAAAAAAAGAAAUUUGUGGGUGAAAGAAUGGAUUUCUCGUCGAGAAAAAGGUCUAGGUUCUUUUAGUAUGCUACAAAACGAAUUAUUAAUAGAAGAUGAAAAAUCAUACAUGAACUAUUUGAGAAUGGAUUCGGAUAUGUUCAACGAAAUUUUAAUUAAAAUAACUCCAGCUAUUGCCCGAAUGGAUACUGUAAUGAGACAAUGUAUAAAACCACCAGAAAGAUUAAUGGCAACAUUAAGGUUUAUAGCUACUGGUGAAAGCUAUACAAAUCUUCAUUACUCUACUCGUAUUGCAACCAAUACAUUGAGCAUCCUUAUACCAGACACUUUGAAUGCAAUUUAUGAAGCUUUUAAAGAUGAAAUUAAGCUUCCAUCUACAACAGAAGAGUGGGAUGUUAUUGCAGAUCAAUUUGUUUCCUUUUGGAAUUUCCCUCACUGCAUAGGUGCUCUCGAUGGGAAGCAUAUUAAUUUCAUACCUCCCCGUUCAAGUGGUUCAUACUAUAGAAACUAUAAAGGGACAGAUAGCAUUAUUCUGCUUGCUUUAGUUGAUGCCAAUCACAAAUUUAUUUGGAUAAAUGUAGGUUCUAAUGGAAGAAACCAUGAUGCUGCUGUGUAUAGAGAAAGUAACUUAGCGAUAAGCUUAUCAAUUUUUGGAAAAUUACUUCUAAUGGUUUCAGCGACUCUAUGUAUACCGUGAGCCAGGCAAGUUAUGUGCACUAUUUUAGAAUAUAAAACUUUAAUUGUAGAAGCUGCUUUGACCAUAUAAGGGGCCGAGUCGGAUAAAAAUAACUGUUUUUAGAUGUUGUGUCACAAUAUAUCGUCUAUCGGCACAUACUUGCACUUCACACAUUUUACAAAAGAGAAUACUGCCAUCAGAAGAAAAUAAUAUAGCGUCACCAAAUUCUGAUACGUAAUUUUUUAAAAUGGCUGAUUUAAUCGGUUUGACUUUUGGCAUUUUAACGGACGAAAUAGACACG